AAGUGUCAUUUUCUCACAUAUACUUCACACAAAAGAAACAACCAUUCACUUCAUACCUUGUCAUUUCUUCUCUCUCUCUCUCUCUCUCUCUCUCUCUCUCUCAUAUAAUCUCAAAUCUCUGCAACUGCUUCUUCAAAUUGAUCUGAAAAGAAAACCCAGAAACCACACCUGAAAAAUCCAACCCCAGAUCACCAAAAAGUCACUCACGAGCUCAUCUUUCUGCAAUUAUACAACAUCCAGAAGAAUAAAUAUAUUUAUAGAGAGAGAGAGAGAGAGAAGAGAAAGAAAGAGAGAGAGGAGUAGGAAGGGGGAGGAGGCUUUAAGUUAAGGGCUUGUUUGGCUGAAGAAAAUGGAGCUAUUCCCAGCACAACCAGAUUUGUCGCUCCAAAUCAGCCCUCCGAACAGCAAACCCACAACAACUUGGAGGAGAAGCAGUGCAGAAGAAGAGGUGGAUUUGGGAUUCUGGAAGAGAGCUCUGGACUCAAGAAACACCAGUUUCGAGCUCUCCUUGUCGAAUCCAAGGGCUUCUGAGUCAUUUACCAACCAGAACGGCAAUCUUUUCCAGACCUUUCAGCGAAACGGCCAGUCGUCGUUUCCUCACAAUCUCCAUCAUCAUCAUCAUCAUCACCACCAGCAGCUUUUUCAGCAACCGCCUCAAGGAAUAAGCCAGGUGGAGCUUGGUUUUCUGAGACCCAUAAGAGGGAUUCCAGUAUACCAAAACCCUCCUCCUUUUCCAUUCUCUCAUCAUCAUCAUCAGCAGCAGCAGCAGCCGCCUCUUCUGGAAGCUUCUAAUUCUCACCCUUCCAAUAACGCCGCCACCACUACUUCAAGCUUAAUGCGAUCAAGAUUUCUGCCGCGGUUUCCGGCCAAACGAAGCAUGAGAGCGCCGCGGAUGCGGUGGACUACCACCCUCCAUGCUCGCUUUGUUCACGCUGUUGAGCUUUUGGGUGGCCAUGAAAGGGCUACUCCGAAGUCAGUUCUUGAGCUUAUGGAUGUGAAAGAUCUCACAUUAGCACAUGUUAAAUCUCAUCUACAGAUGUAUAGAACCGUGAAGACCACUGAUAGAGCAGCAGCUUCUUCAGGACAAUCAGAUUUGUUUGAAAAUGGGUCAUCUGGAGAUACGUCUGAAGAUGUUAUGUUUGAGAAUAUUCCGAACCCAAGAAGGUCUGAGAUAUCCAUUCAGCAGGGAAAACCAAGUGCUCAAGAUAAGGAUUAUCGUGGUCUCUGGAGCAAUUCUUCCAGCAGGGAAGCUUGGUUGCAUGGCAAACAAAAGGAUUCCUGUAGAAACCUGCCGUCUCUUGAGAAGGACAUGGAUCCAAAGUGCUUAAGCUAUGAGAGAAUAUCAGAAAUAAGCUCAUUAACAAAUCAUUCAGGGACAAGCCCCAAGAAGCCUAAUUUGGAGUUCACCUUGGGCAGGCCACUUUGAAAAUCUCUUCAGAGUAUUCCUCAUUUUGAAAUCAUUAUAAGGGGAGGGGGGAGCUGGAGAGAUGGGAAUCAGGUACCCGAUGGGAAAAUCAGAGGAAAAGAAAUGAAAAAGAAAAGAAAAAGAAAAAGAAAAGUAAAGGGAGAGCUAAAGAAAGACAAGGAGACAAGAAAGACAGAAAGCAACAAAAGGAGAAGGGGGUAGAGGAAAAGCAUGUCCUUCCUAUCAGGCUCUGAGAUCUAAAUCAACAUAUUAUAUUCCUACGUAAAUAUGAAAUCUAAUUGAUUUUGUAUGUUUUGCCAUCAGAGAGAGAGAGAGAGAAGAAAGAGAGAAGAGAGAGAGAGAGAGAGAUAGAGAGACCUUUAACUAUCUUAAAGUAUGAAAGUGAUCCUUGGUAAUUGUAAUGGGAGCACUUUACAUUUUAUGAAAUAUAUUAGUAUUUUUACCGAGGGAGUUGGCGCUCUCUAUUCAUUCC